CUCCUCAUACGGAGUACGGGGUAUUCUGUUCCCCAAUUCCUCUCAUAUCAACUGAUCAUUACCAUUAAUCCUUAAUCGCUAUAAAGAGAAAUAGACGUAAAGUCGUUGAAUAUCAUCUCCAGCAUUGUCCGGAUCCCCAUCAAUUGACCCAGUUCAACAUUUCUUACCUUGAAUCUCUAGCAUACUUCCUUUUCUUUUCCCUCCGAUAUCUUCCUCCAUUCUUCGUGUAGCCAUCGAAACUCCUUCCCGCCUUGGGACACCAAAAGAGGAUACGCCGAAAGAAGGAACCGAUUCCAAGCCAAUUACAUCUCUCCAACCCGGGGGACGACCUGACACGCGCACCCAAGCAGAUCCACGUCGCCAGGAAACAACAACAUGACGUCCCCUUUACAUCUCGUGCUCCUCUUCCCAGUUCUCCUAUUAAUUCACACACUGACUACCUACCUGCUAAACCCCCUCCGCCGUGUUCCGCCAGCGCACCCCCUCGCCCCCUUCACUCGCCUCUGGAUUCUGUCUGUCCGCUGGCGAGGCAUCGAGAAUGCGACGCUGAAGGCCGCACAUGCGCGGCUCGGGCCCGUGGUAUGUCUUUCUCCGGCGGAGGUCAGCGUCAACUGCGUGGUCGGCGGUAUCAGGGAGGUGUAUGGGGGUGGGAUGGAGAAGGGGAAUGGUAGUGGGUAUUGUUGGUAUGGGUUCUUUGCAAACUAUGGUGGCAUCGAUAACAUGUUCACGAUCGGAGGCAACAAGGCCCAUUCUACCCGAAAGCGUAUCAUCAGCAACAUCUACAGCAAAUCCGUCGUCACCACCUCGCCUGUCCUGUUCGCACAGGUAUCUGCGAUUAUCUACGAGCGCUUCCUGCCCCGACUUCAAUCCGUCGUCUCGACCGGCGAUGGGGUGUUCAACAUCUACGACAUCCUGCACGGCAUGACCAUGGACAUCGUCACCGGAUAUAUCUUCGGGCUGCAGUCGAGCUCGAAUCUCGUGUCGAACCCCGAGGAGUUGACGUGGUUCCUGGGUCUGUACAACUCGCGACGGUCGUACAAUUUCUGGCCACAGGAGCUCCCUCAGUGGACAGAUGCGGUUCAGAAGUGGUUGGGCUACCACCUGUCGCCGCAAUGGGUGGACGAGGCCAACGGCAACAUCGAGAAGUGGACAAUGGCUAUGUGCAAGCGCGCGGCGGCCGCGAUGCAGAAGUCCGACCUUAAACCUCAAGACACACCGGUGGUCUACCAGCAACUGAGGGCGGCAGUGGCCAAGGAGGCAGCGAAGAUGGACAAUGGUAACAACAAGAUCGACGUGGACCUGACAGUCGCGUCCGAGGUGCUCGAUCACCUAGCAGCAGGCUUCGACACCUCUGGCAUCACUCUCACAUACAUCGUCCACGAGCUCUCUCGUCACCCGGAGAUCCAGUCUCGGCUGCAGGAGGAGCUUCAAACCUUGUCACCACCCAUCGCACUCUCCUCUGCGCCGAAGCUGCCUGACCCAAAGGUCCUGGACGCGCUUCCACUGCUCCAUGCGGUGACAUGGGAGACGCUGCGUCUGCACUCCGCAAUUCCAGGGCCGCAACCAAGAUUCACGCCGCCGCAGGGCGCCCGUCUCGGUCCGGCUGAACUGAACUACUAUGUCCCCGGCAACGUGAGGGUGAGCGCGAGUGCAGGCCUCCUUCAUCUGAACGAGGAUGUAUAUGAUCACGCGGAGGAAUGGAGGCCGCAGAGGUGGCUGGAGGAAGUGAGCGAGGAGAAGAGGAAGGACAUGGAGAGCCGUUGGUUCUGGGCCUUUGGAAGCGGUGGUCGAAUGUGCGUGGGUAGCCAUUUGGCUGUUUACCAAAUGAAGUACAUCAUAGCCGCACUGUACAGCAACUAUACCACCAUCAUUGUCGACGACACAGGCAUCGAGCAGAGUGAUUCGUACACUGCUCCACCCAAGAGUGACAAGUUCCUGGUAAAGUUAGUAGAACAUGUGAAGACCGGGUAAACCAUCCCCUCCUUCUCUAGAGCAACAUCCCUCCCCCCCUCCCCGAGCAACUACUACAACCAUGCCGCAUCAAGGCUUGAUAGCCCGUAAGCUCGCCUUGUCUAAAAGAUCCGGGGGAAGGGGAGAUGCCUAACCGGAGAGGGCCAAAUUGAAAUGUGGACCGGGAAAGCCGGUGUCGGCGGAGGCAUGGUGUGCAAGGAAGUUCAGUCACGGUGCUGUUUUGUCUAUUGCCAGACUGUGCCUCUUCCGUUGCCACCCCAUCGAGACCUGUGAUAUUGAACCACGGUUGUGCUCGGUGCUUAGCGGCACGAACGGGAACAAACCGUGGGGGAGAGGCGUGGAUCUAAAGCAGGUCGAGAACACAAGAACAAGAACACACGCGCACACACAGGGAGAGAAAGUGUAACGAUGUGUGUGCUACCAGGCCCCGC